AUGUCAUCCAAUACUCCAUCAGUACCUAUGUCGCACCCAGCAGGAUUGUCAAGAGCUGAUAGUAACACGUCACUAUCUGCAGCGGCUAACACUACCAAUACAAGUCCUGGUCAAACUACAGCGCAUACAAACAACGCGCCGAUCUCACGCGAGCGUAUUGCUACUUGGAUCAACGAGUUACUUUCAUCAUCAACACGUGAAACUGCUCUAGUGGAAUUGAGUCGUAAACGAGAAAAGGUUGCUGAUCUCCCCGUUUUACUUUGGCAUUCCUUUGGAUCCGUUGCUGUACUUCUCUACGAAGUGAUUUCCGUUUAUCCAUACAUCACGCCACCGACUCUAACAGCUCAACAAUCCAAUCGUGUUUGUAAUGCCUUGGCUUUAUUACAAUGUAUUGCAUCUCAUCCGGAAACCCGCAUGUUGUUCAUUCAAGCAAAUAUUCCCUUAUUUCUCUAUCCGUUCCUGAAUACAAAAUCAUCCACACGUCCGUUUGAGUAUCUUCGUUUAACAUCCUUAGGCGUCAUUGGUGCAUUAGUUAAAACUGAUGAAACAGAAGUGAUUAAUUUUUUGCUAACAACUGAGAUUAUUCCAUUGUCAUUACGAAUUAUGCAAUCCGGUAGUGAAUUAUCCAAGACAGUGGCAACAUUUAUUCUACAGAAAAUUCUCGCCGAUGACUCAGGAUUGAAUUAUAUCUGUCAAACGUUCGAUCGGUUCUCACACGUUGCCAUGGUUCUUGGACGAAUGGUUCUUCAACAGCAACGCGAGGCAAGUGGUCGUUUGUUAAAACAUAUCAUUCGAUGUUAUCUACGUUUAUCUGAUAAUCCACGUGCUCGUGAAGCUCUCCGCUCGUGUCUUCCUGAUUGUCUCCGAGAUCAUACAUUUGACAAUGUUCUCAAAGACGAUCAAUCAACUAAGAAAUGGUUAGUACAAUUAUUAAUCAAUCUCGAAGCAACAUCUUCAGCAAGUAGUUCUCAACCGUCAACACCGGCUUCUACGCUUCCACAACAAAUAUCGCCAGGGUCACCCUUGGGAAUGUAA